CAUAUUGUUUGUCCUAUGAACGUUUAUUGUGGGUAUAAACUGUGACUAGAUACGAAAAUAGGCCACAGAUUAAUACCAACAUGGAAUGUUUUUUUGACUGAGUUGUAUGGGAAAGUUAAGCGUGUUUUGAUGUGUAAAGAGAUUAAUCAUGGAAAACAAAAAGGAUGCUAGAAAGUUGCCAGCCCUAAUUGCAAGCAUAAAGAUUGAACCAGGAACUUUAGGAGCAGCCCCGGGGCGUCUCCCAUCAUUUGGUGGACGUCGGGAUCUUACUCUUGGAUCAUGUGGCCCAAGCAGAAUAACCCAUAGUUCUGAAUCAAAACCCAGAAGAAUAUACACACCAAAUCUCAAUGUUCAGAGAAACAAAAACAAAGUGGACAUAAACAUUAAGGAAGAACAUCCAAACAGCAAAGAGAAGCGAGAAAGGCGAAAGGAUGAUGGGAAAGGUAGAAAGAGAGACAAAUUAAAUAACUUAAUACAGUCAAAUGGUGUAUUUGCUGAAGGAAUAGCAGGUACCAUAAAGAAGAGAUUUGGAGGAGUAGCUGGUGAACAAGAUUCAACUAAAAACUUCAUACCAAAGCCUAAACUUAACUUACAGCAUAACCUGAAGGUAGACAAAGAAGAGGAGGAGAUGAAACUGAGAGUGCUCCUUCAGGAUGAUUUUGUUGAUGAUCCUAGCAUGGACCCGGAUGCAGACUAUGCUCCUGUGAAGCUGCCAAUGUUGACAUUAGCUAAUCUAAAAAUUGAGCUAAAGGAAGAAGUCAAACCCAAAUUAAUUGGGACAGAAGAGGAAGGUGGGGGAAUUAAAAUUAAGCAAGAGAUAGUAGAGGAGGGUGAAAAGGAUGUUAAACCUAAAGUAGAAAAUGGUAAAAUCAAGCAUGAUAAAGAACCAGAAAUUACAAAGAUGAAGAAACCAGAACUGAUAACUGUCCAACACUUGUUACAAAGUAAAGAACGUGAACUCAUUUUCAUGCAGAUGCCAGAUUGUUUGCCUGGCUUGAAACCUGAAACCAACGUGGGACAAGCAAGGCCUUCAACUUCUGCAAAACAGUCAACAUCAGUUGUGUCACAGUCUCUUCCGAGUGAUGAAACACAGACUUCACCUAGCACAAAAUACUGUACACUGUGUACCUUGUCAGAAGGCUGCAUUGGAAAGUUGCAGCUGCUGAAAUCAGGAAGAGCCAGACUGGUGUUAGGUAACACUGUGUUGCAUGUGGAUAUGGGGACACAAGUUGGUUUCCGAGAGGAUUUAAUUUCUGUGAAUUUAGACCAGUCAACACGUGGUGGAGAUAUGAUCAAUCUUGGACCUGUUAGAACACGCUUGGUUUGUUCACCAGAUUGGGAAACAAUGUUGACUAAACGUGUAGCAUGAAUUAAGAUGAAAUGUAUAAAUUACUUACACUUUGGA